CUAGUAUUGAUGCUAGCUUCAGUAUCACAGUCUUUCCGUCUGGAGCACACGGGCCGUGUGGACUGGCAGAGGAGCGUUCGACCAGGAGAGGGAUGCCCCAAAAAGUGUCACCCUGAGAGGUGCCCGGAUCUUAGGCAUAUGCAGGGCUGUCCAGGCGGGCUGGUUCGAGACCAGUGUGGUUGCUGCUGGGAAUGUGGAAAUGAUGAAGGACAACUGUGUGACCCACAGCCCAAGUCCGGGUCUACUUUCUACGGCCGCUGCGCUGAAGGUCUACGGUGCAGGGGUCCACGCAAAAACCCUGAAGGCGAACCGAGGGCCGUCUGCGUUUGCAGCAAACAGGAAGCGCUUUGCGGAUCAGACGGGAAGACGUACAAAAAUAUCUGUCAAUUUCGGGCGGCCCAACGCAAGCAGGGCAAGGGUCAGAUGUUGACGAUGGUACACCACGGACCCUGCAAGGCAAAGCCUGUUAUCACUCACGCUCCUCGUGACAUCAUAACACCCAAAGGAAGUGAUGUCAUCUUUUCCUGUGAGGUUUCGUCGUAUCCACUGGCCUCCAUUCAAUGGAGGAAAGAGGGAGAUAUUGUUUCUUUUCCUGCGGAUGAUUCAAGCAUGGCUGUUCAGGCUCGUGGAGGCUCGCGGCGGUUUGAACUGACCGGCUGGCUCCAGAUCCAAGCAGUCGGUCCGAGUGAUGCAGGUGUUUACACGUGCACCGCCAGGAACGCCUUCGGAGAGGUUUCUGCCUCCGCGAGAUUACAGGUUACACACGGAGGGUCUCAUCUGAGCAAAGAUCUGCGACCAAUUGAAAACGGAGAAUAUAGAAUAACAGAGGAAGAAGAGGCGAACGUAGACGACGAAGAUUACGAGGGCCGGCCUAGCGGAUAUAUGUAUUUGUGA